AUGUCAUCACCAACCCCCCUCUUCACAAUCCCCAUCCCCAAACUCGACUCCCACCCCGGCGGCACCAUAACCUGCACCACCCCCUCCCCGCUCGUCUACCUCCUCACCUGGUCCUCCCCUCCCGACAACCGCCUCACGACCCCCUUCUGCCGCGCCUUCCUCGCCGCCCUCGACAUCAUCGAGUUCUCCCACCCGCCCGGCGUCCUCCUCACCACCUCCGCCAUCCCAAAGUUCUACUCCAACGGCCUCGACCUCGAACACGCCUUCGCCACGCCGGGCUUCUUCCCCGACCCCCUCUACAAGAUGUGGAAGCGCCUGCUCACCUACCCCAUGCCCACCGUCGCCCUGCUCCCCGGCCACGGCUUCGCCGGCGGCUUCAUGACCGCCAUGCACCACGACUACCGCGUCAUGAACCCGAACAAGGGCUUCCUCUGCAUGAACGAGCUCGAGUUCGGCGCCCCGCUGAAGCCCCCUAUGAGCGGCAUCUUCCGCAUCAAGUGCUCGCCGCGGGUCUACCAGGAGAUCGUCCUCGAGGCGAAGCGCUUCGGCGGGCCCGCGGCGCUCGAGGCCGGGCUGGUCGACGUGCUCGGCGGGAUGGACGAGGCGCUGAAGCUCAUCGCCGACAAGAAGCUGACCGAGAAGGCCAAGUCCGGGGUCUAUGGCGUCUUGAAGGCGGAAAUGUGGCGGGAGAGCGCGUUUUAUCUGAGUAAAGAGGAGUACGAUGGCGAGGAGGCGCGGUGGGAUGCGAGGGAGGCGCUUGAGAAGAAGAGAAUCGAGGAGGGCAAGAAGUUUGCCGCGGACUGGAAGGCCGGCAAGGCCAAGCUGUGA